AUGGCAUUAGACUGGGGCAUCGAUGAAUUGGAAAUUUAUGGGGACUCUUUCUUGGUCAUUAGUCAAGCCAAGGGUGACUGGGAAGUACGGGAUGAACGACUAGCAUUGUAUCAUAACUAUCUCAAGGAGUUGAUCAAAAUGUUUAAAUGCAUUUUCUUUAAUUACCUACCUAGAGAAGACAACCACUUUUUGGAUGCUUUAGCCUACCUUGGAUCAGUCAUGUGCUUACCUCCCAACAUAGCAGUAGAACCAAUUGAUUUAAGUUGGGAUAGGCAGCCUGCCUACGUGAGUAGCAUACUAGCAAUCACAAUAGAAGAUGAUGAGUUUGAUGGUAAACUGUGGUUUUAUGACAUCAAAAAUUUCUUGGAGCACCAAGCAUUUCUAGAAGGGGCAGAUUCCAAGGUGAAAGGAACUAUAACCAGAUUAGCAGGGUAUUUCGUCAUAGUAGGAGGGAUAUUGUAUUGA